AUGUCGGGAGAUCUUCGACUUCUCAGUCUCGAUGGUGGAGGCGUACGUGGUCUGGCCUCACUGUACAUGCUGAGAAAGAUACUAUCUUUGGUUGGCAGCCCAAAACCAUGUGUCUACUUCGACAUGAUUUGCGGAACGAGCACAGGAGGUUUGAUCGCUAUCAUGCUCGGUCGACUGGAGAUGUCCGUCGAUCAGUGCAUUGAGGCGUAUACCGAACUGAUGGACGUCGUCUUCGACCCAAAAGACAAGAAACUGCCUUUCAAAAUUCGAAAUGGUAAAGUUCAGCCUCGGUACAAGACGAAACACAUGGAGAAAGCGAUCAAGCAGGUGAUGUCCAACGCUGGGUGGACAUCAGAUGAUAGGUUCAGAGGGGUUGUGAUUGCCAUGACAGAGGAAAGCCGUGUCCCGAUACGCUUCACCGAUUAUGAGAAGGCCGGCGAGCAUUCCAACUUCUACAACGAAGUCAAGAUCUGGGAAGUAGCUCGUGCUACGUCCGCGGCAACAUCGUUCUUUGCACCGAUGGAAAUCACACAUUCUGGUGAGCCUAGACGGUUUCUUGACGCAGGCAUCGGAUCCAACAAUCCCAUCGACGAACUCUAUCUCGAAGCGAUGUCGCUGUUCGAAAAGUCUGAAGAAGAGUUCGACAAGCAGAUCCGAGUGUUGGUAUCAAUCGGUACCGGCAGACCAGCAUUACACGGAUUCGGCGAAAAGGUCACCGAGGUCGCGAAGAGCAUUGCUUCGAUCGCAACAGAGACUCAGAACACAGCGAACAGGUUUCAUCGGACGCACAAAACGUUGGCGAGCCGGGGCGGAUACUUCAGGUUCAAUCCUCCUGAUCUCUCUGAUGUGGCGAUUGACGAAGCGAGCAAGAAGGGCAUCAUUGCGUCACGAACUGAUACGUAUGGUAACGAUGCGCAAGUUAUGGAGAUGGUGGAACACUGGGUGAAAGUGGCAGGAACUGAGAAAAAACCAAUCAUCUCACCAACUCCAUCUGCAAAUCACAUCAAGCCUGCUGUGACGAAGCUAUUCUAUUCACUGCACAAAGGACCCAAGUACAUUAAAGAAUGCGACCCCCAAGAUAGAAAAGUAACUUUUAGCGCCUUCUUUGAGCAGUUCGGCCCCGAUGCGAAGCCAUCAUCUAACCACGUCUUCGAAACCUGGGCGCGCCUUCUCCGAGAUAAGCGCGACGUACGCAACAGCAUACAUCGGAAGCCGUUCGUGAUGGCGAUCUUGUACAUGCUCCAUGUCGAAUCUAGUCUUGAUAUCACCAAGAUGACAAACAUUGACCCUAAUCGGCGCGAGAUGCUCAAAAGAUUCUCGAAGUGGGUACCAUGCAAGUGCGACACUCGCUGUGGCCGCGAGUGGAACUUUGUGAACGAGGUCGGGCUAUCGCGCGGCGGAAAUGGUGGUGCUGAAUGCGAUUUGCUCGAGCUAUUCGACAGCAGUAAGUGGAAGUUGGUGUUUAAGAGCGAUAAAGUGCGGAAACUAGAGGCGACCAGGAAGGUAUGGGAAGCAUCGGCAUGA